UAAAGUUAUUGUUGCCUUCACUGCCACUGGAGAAAUGAAAGUCUUAUUUGAAGAACUUGCCACGAAACCUUCACCAUCUCGUCAAUGGAUAGGCAGCGAGUCUUGGAUCACAGACACAAAUUUGCUAAGGUUCACGUUCUGUGAAGGGGCCAUUGGAUUUGCGAUUCCAAAAUCUGACAUACCAGGCUUGAGAGAUUUUCUACUGGAUCUCUCUCCAACAGAAGUGGAAUCCUCCCCAGUGCUGACUGAGUUUUGGGAGGAGACAUUCAAAUGCACAUUGAAAAAAGAUGUGACUGCAGGGCAACGUGUCUGCAAUGGAAGUGAAGACCUACAAAAGGUUUCAAAUGAUUUUGUCCAUUCAUCUCCACUGAGAAUAACUACCUUAGUGUACAAGGCUGUUUAUGCAAUAGCACAUGCUAUUCACACUGUUGUGUGUCUAGAAAGAAAUUUUAUAACCAAGUGUGACAAACAAUUGAUGUUGGAAUCCAAGCAGGUUUUAGCUGCACUAAAAAAAGUUAACUUUACCCAGAAUGGCUAUUCUGUGUUUUUUGAUGCUAAUGGAGAUCCUGUGGCUGCUUAUGAACUGGUCAACUGGCAGAAGGACAUAAGUGGAAAUAUUGAGUUGGUAACAGUAGGAUAUUAUGAUGCAUCCCUGCCAAAAAAUAAAGAAUUCAUUAUUAACAGAAAUCUAACCUGGAUGGAUGGUAGACAAAAGGUGCCAAAGUCAGUGUGUACUGAAAGCUGUCCUCCAGGAACUCACAGAGUGUUGCAGAAAGGCAAACCCAUCUGUUGCUAUGAUUGCAUACCAUGUCCUGAGGGAGAGAUCAGCAACACUACAGAUUCAUCUGAUUGUUUCCCGUGCCCCAUAGAAUUCUGGCCAAAUGCAGAAAGAGACUCAUGCCAUCCCAAACCAGUAGAGUUUCUUACUAUUGAUGAGACUCUGGCGAUCAUCCUUGCUGCCUUCUCUGUUGGCGGAGCAUGUCUGGCCAUCUUAACAGCAGCAGUUUUUUUCCAUCACAGAACAACCCCAAUAGUACGGGCCAACAACUCAGAGCUGAGCUUCCUGCUGCUUUUCUCCUUGACUCUGUGUUUUUUAUGUUCCUUAACUUUCAUAGGGGCUCCCACUGAGUGGUCUUGUAUGCUGCGUCACUCAGCUUUUGGUAUCACCUUUGUUCUUUGUAUCUCCUGUGUGCUUGGAAAAACCAUAGUGGUCUUGAUGGCCUUUAAAGCUACACUGCCAGGUAGCAAUGUCAUGAAAUGGUUUGGUCCUCUACAACAAAGACUGACUGUAGUAUUCGUUACAUUUGUUCAAGUAAUAAUCUGCACAGUUUGGCUCGUGGCGAGGCCUCCAUUUCCAAUGAAAAACUUCUCCACAUAUAAAGAAAAGAUCCUCCUGGAGUGUGCUUUGGGCUCUGCCAUUGGGUUCUGGGCUGUGUUGGGGUACAUCGGACUUCUGGCUGUGUUCUGCUUUGUGUUAGCUGUGCUGGCUCGGAAACUACCGGACAAUUUUAAUGAAGCCAAGUUUAUAACGUUUAGCAUGUUGAUUUUCUGUGCAGUCUGGCUCACCUUCAUACCAGCUUAUGUCAGCUCUCCUGGAAAAUUCACAGUAGCUGUGGAGAUAUUUGCUAUUCUGGCUUCCAGUUUUGGACUAAUAUUGUGUUUAUUUGUUCCAAAGUGUUUCAUCAUACUGUGUCAGCCCGAGAAAAACACCAAAAAAUAUCUAAUGAAUAAAAAAUAGUUAGUGUUUUUCUUUUUUUCAUUUUUACUUGGCGAACAGUUUUGAUUUCUGAGUCAUAAUAUUUUAAAUUCUUAAAAAUAUAGCUGAGGCCCAAACCAAUUUUUCCUAGUUUUAAAUCACCUAUGUUUUUUUGCUAUCUAUAUAUCAAAAUAUGAUUUUAUGAUUGUAAAGUAAUUUUGACUUUUUCAAAUAAAAGUAAAAACUGAGUUAAAACAACCUGUCUGGAAUUUGCCAAAUUUUUCUUUUUUUUUUUAAAU